AUGGUUUUCAAGGAGAUUACCAUAUCGCUUGCAUAUGUGGCCCAGAUAACCAUUCUUCUUUCUCUGGACGUCUUAUUUCUUCUCUUUACGGUCCAAAGAUCCCUCUACUUCUUUGGGAAGGGAAUGAAAAGAAAGCCUGACGCCAUACGAGUCCGAUUGAUUCCUAAGAGCCAGAGCGAUCUUUAUCUUAUAGACGGAAUUUCUGGAAUCGAUCUCAUCUAUCUUCCUGGAAACUUUGUAGCUGUGGAGGAGCAUAUAGAGUUCUGCAAAUAUCUAUCCAAGAUCUUCGAGUGCAAUGUGAUUUCCAUGGUGUAUAGAGGAGUGGCAGGGAACGGAUAUUCUCCAUCUGAGAAGGGCAUAGUGGAAGAUCUAUCUCCAGCCUCUAGAUGGCUUUCAAGAAGGAGUACUCGGAAAGUUAUCCUGGGGUUUUCUAUAGGAUCAGCCGUAGGAAUCCGUUUGGCAGAAAAAUGUCGUGUUGAUGCUCUAGUUCUUAUAAACCCGUUUAUAUCACUAAGGGAGGUGGUUGGGAAUGUCUCCUUUGGUAGGAUUCUGAAGCACCUCGUGAUUGAUGAGUGGAACAACCUAAACCGAAUGAAGAACAUCAAUGUGCCUGUCUAUUUUGUUGUUUCCUCCAAUGACGAAAUAGUUUCUCCAUCCCAUACGGACGAGCUUAUCAAAAGAACAAAGCAUCCAAAGAAGAUUGUGAUUCGCAAUGCCGAUCACAACGAGCCCAUGCGGAAUUUCACAACACAUUUAUGCUCUCUAAUGGAUGAGGUACUAAGAAAAACACCAUCGGGUGGAUGA